AUGGCGAUGAAGGAGAUCGACGGCGGCGACGCGGAGGACGUCGACGGCGGGAGAUUCCGAGUCGGGGCGAACGUGUGGGCCACCGCGUCGUUCGAUGGGAAGUCUCGACGAGCGGAGAUCGUCGACGCGUCGAUCGACGAGAGUACGGGGGGUGUGACGUCGUAUUACGUGCACUAUUGCGAACUUAAUAAGCGAUGCGACGAGUGGGUGGAGGCGGGGCGAGUGCGCGCGCGCGCGGAGGACGGGAGGAACGGUGGGGCGAGCGCGAGCGCGAGCGGGGGUGAGCUGUUGGGUGGCGAUGAAAAGAUCUCGGGUGAAGGCGUGGUGGCGCCGAAGACGCUGACGAGGAAUUCCAAGCGGCGAUAUAAUGAGAUUCAUAACGUCGACGCGCCGGUGGAGGAUUUACCGCCGUUGGAUCAAGUGUACGAGCGCAUGCACGAGGAGCGGACAAAGGUGAAGAACGUGCACUCGGUGGAAAUUGGGAGACACGAAAUGGAUACGUGGUAUUACUCGCCGUACCCGGACGAUUUCGGGAAGUGCUCGAAGUUGUACCUGUGCCAGUAUUGCUUCAAGUACAUGCGCAAGGCGAAGACGUUGAUGAAGCACCGAGACGAGUGUGAGUUGAAGCAUCCACCGGGGAAGCGCGUGUAUCGGCACCCUCAGGGUAAGGAAAAACCUGUGCUGAGCUUUUGGGAGAUUGACGGCGCACAUUUCAAGAUGUACUGUCAGAACUUGUGCCUCAUGGCGAAGCUAUUCUUGGACCACAAGACGCUAUAUUUUGACGUCGAACCCUUCAUGUUUUAUGUCCUCACCGAGUCAACGGACGGCGAUAAAACGCACGACGUCGUAGGGUACUUUAGCAAAGAGAAAGUGUCGGUGGACGAGUACAAUCUUUCGUGCAUCCUGACCCUGCCGGCGUACCAGCGCAAGGGUUACGGCUCUUUUUUGAUUUCGAUGAGCUACGAGCUGAGCCGACGACAAGGGAUCUACGGCACACCCGAGCGUCCGCUUUCUGAUCUUGGACAGGUGAGCUACCGAAGUUAUUGGAGUCGAUUUGUCCUCGACGCGUUGCACAAAAACCGGGGUAAUCUGAGUGUUAAAGAUUUAAGCACGAUGUUGAUGUUUCGCGAGGCAGAUAUCGUCAGCGCUCUGCAAUCGCUCAACCUCGUCAAGUACUGGAAAGGACAGCACAUAAUAUCUUCUUCGCCCAAGAUCGUGGAGGAACACUUGCGAAGCUUUGAAAAGAAAUCCGCCAUUGCUGGUUCACAUUUAGAAUUCAAUCCAGAAUUUCUCAAAUGGACACCCCCGAAGAGGUGA